AUGGAAAUGAAUGUUGCUAUUAUAUUCCUGAUACUUUGUAUUCAACAUUGUAUUCCGCAAGCUUAUACAGCCUGUUUAAAUUCUGGAAAAGCUUUAUGUUUGUGCUGUAAAUCAAAUCAACCAGCAACAAAAUGUAAACGUUUGGAUUUUCCACAACCAAUGAUAGUUGGUGCACCACGCUAUUGUUGUAUUCCUGCGAGAAGCGCCGACCUUCAUAAUGUAACAUGUACUCAUCUAUUAACAAAUCAAUCGUUUAAAAUUCACUAUGCAUGUGCUUAUCCACCGACAGAAUGUCCAGAAAAAGCAGAACUAGAUCAGCAGCCACAACGACAGCGACAACCGAGCAGACAACAACCAUUGGACAAUAAACAGCAAGAACAGCGACCGCAAGAUAGCGACGGUGGUGAUACAGUUUUCGUUACGUUAUCAAUUCGAUUUUAA